CACGAAACUUACUUUAUCCUUGAUAAAAACGUAUGAAUUAACUUCAAACAAUUGUAACAUUUUGAAUUUGAUUAUAAGAAAUUAUUUGGUGAAUCUGAAGUCUUAAAUAUAUAUCUCAUUACUAGUGUUUUAACAUUUUGACCGAGAUCUGGGUCGGGUCGUGCGCGGAUCGGGAAAGGUCAGACUACGAGUUUUAUUACUACCAACAGUACUUCCGGCGCGAAAAAUCAUCAACCACGAGAAACAAAAAAUUGAAAAUUUGCCAUGGCCUCAGAAGUAAAAGACGAGAAGAAAUUUUAUGACGACGCAGAGUCGUAUUGGAAAAAUGUUCCUUCAACAAUCGAUGGAAUGUUAGGGGGGUUUGGACAGAUAUCUGUCACUGACAUAAACGGAUCAAGGGCAUUUCUCCGACCGUUACUAACGACUGGAGGUGGCAGUUCUGGUACUAAGAAAGCCAUUGACUGUGGAGCUGGCAUUGGGCGAAUAACAAAACGACUUCUCCUUCCAAUGUUUGACUCGGUAGACAUGGUGGAAUUGAAUCAAGGUUUUCUUGAUGGAGCUCCAAAACAUAUUGGAGAAGAAUUUAAGCGUAUAGGAAAAUGCUACUGCUGUGGACUUCAGGACUUCACACCAGAUAAGGGAAAAUAUGAUGUCAUUUGGAUACAAUGGGUCACAGGACAUCUUACAGAUGACCACUUUGUACAGUUUCUACAACGAUGUCAGGAUGGACUUUGUGAAAAUGGUGUUGUCGUUCUCAAAGAUAACUGUAGUCCUGAGAAGGUGUUUGAUGCAACCGACAGUAGCUAUAUGAGAACCACAGAUGAAACACUGGAACUGAUAGUGAAAUCAGGGCUGAAACUGCUUCAGUCUCAGAAACAGAAGGGCUUCCCCAAGGCUAUUUAUGAUGUUAUCAUGUUUGCAUUACAAUAGCUUUAGGAUAACUAUUAAUUAAUCUCAUUUUAAAGGCAAACUUUAGAUGCUGUCAGAUUCUAAAUUUGUUGGCUUGGAAGAAGCAGCUGGCUUGUUCAUUCUUUCCAUGCAGGAAAUUAUUCCAAGAUAGCUCUAAGCUGUGGUCAGUUCUGUAAUAACUAAUCUCAAAUCUGUAAUGAUUUCGUGCCAGUUAUUGAAAUGCAAAUUACAGUCAAUAGCUAUUUAACAGUUGCCUUCCUUUUGUACAUUUAAUUUCAUUUGGAAGACUUUUCUGAUGAUAAAAUGAUCCACGAUUCUGAAACAGACUAAUGACUGAAUUUUCAUGACUGAAAAAUGCUAUUUUCAUACUCAUUUGAAAUACAUGUACUAGUUAACUAUUGUAAUCAUUAGUAAAAGAGAUCACCUGGCUAAAAAAUAGACAAAUCUUUAAAUGAUAGGCUUGACUAAGGAUUGAUGUAACAGUGUAUUUUGGGACCUUGAUUUCUGGAUUUUCUUCUGUCCAAAUGUUGCAUAAAUUGCCCACACGAUGUGUAAAGAGCUGUAGCUAAUUUUUGGCCAAAUAGGAGAGGGGAUCUGACCUAUUAGGUAGAGGAGAAAUUGUUAACCACAGAUUUGAAACAUGUAGUUUGAGAUAUUGUCAGCAUGUUAUUUUAAUGAAACUAUGUGUUAAAUUCACUAUAUAUAGAUCUGUAUUUUGUCAAUUUUCUGUAAAAAUCUCUUUGGUCAGAAAAUUAUUUUACUAUAUACACAAACAAUGUACAUA